AUGGGCUCGAAGAGUGAAGGAGGAGGAGGAAGCGGAGACGCUCCCUCCACGAUCAGUGAUGACGAGAUCAAGAUAUUGGUAAAGGAGCCACCGCCGGAAACGGAAGAUUUUUACUUUCAACAAACAAUGCUUCGUAUCAAAGAUCCACGCAAGACAUUACCAUUUUAUUGCAACAUUUUGGGCAUGCGCAACUGGGGCACAGAAAGCGACCCGGAUUUCAGUUAUCAUAACGGGAAUAAAGAACCUCGUGGAUUCGGACAUAUCGGCAUAGCGGUGAAAGACGUCUAUGCAGCCUGCAAACGUUUCGAAGAAUUGGGUGUCCAGUUUGUGAAAAAGCCAGAUGAUGGUCGAAUGAAGGGACUUGCUUUUAUUCAGGAUCCAGACGGCUAUUGGAUUGAAAUUUUCAAUCCAGGCACUGUGUGA